AUGUGUAUCCCACCAACAUGGCGGAGCGCCCUUGCUGGGAUUAGUCUUGCUUGGGUAGUGGCCCAAGCACAUACUCCGUCUUCUUCCACAACCUCCUCGGCUCAGUACACUCUCCCCGCAUCAGUGAAUGAAGCUCCUGGAGUGAUCCCCAACAUCAAAGACCCUCAAGCAGUGAACGCCCAAACAAUCUGCCCUGGAUACAUUGCUUCGAAUGUCCAUAAAACCGAUUCUGGAUUUACUGCUUCUCUUGCCCUUGCAGGGGAGGCAUGCAAUGUCUAUGGUACCGACAUUGGGGCUUUGAACCUCACUAUUGAGUAUCAGACAACGGAUCGCUUACACGUUGCAAUUUUUCCCACAUACAUCAGUGCGGCAAAUGAAACCCAAUACUUCAUACCUUCCAGCGUAGCGGCAAAACCCGAGGUAGAAGAGUCGAAUGUGGCCUCGGACUUGGAGUUCUCCUGGUCCAAUAAUCCAACCUUUGCAUUUGAAGUGACAAGAAAAUCCACAAAAGAUGUCCUUUUCUCUACCAAGGGAAAGAAAUUGGUCUUUGAAAACCAAUUCGUUGAAUUUGCAAGUGCUCUCCCUGAAGACUACAAUCUAUAUGGGCUGGGCGAGUCUAUACACGCCUUCAGACUGGGGAAUAACUACACCAAAACCUACUAUGCGGCAGAUGAUGGCGCCACAGUUGACGUCAAUAUCUAUGGCACACAUCCCUUCUAUUUAGAGACACGUUACUUUACCGAGGGCGAUGAUGGAAAUAUCACCUUGGUCACAGCCAACGAAACCAUGCCUGAUGGUAACUAUACAUCGCAGUCUCACGGUGUUUACUCUCGGAAUGCGCAUGGACAGGAUAUCUUGCUGCAAUCAGAUGGUAUAACAUAUCGGGCCAUCGGUGGUAGCAUUGAUCUUUACUUCUUUGCCGGUCCAACUCAGCCCAAAGUUACAACGUCAUACUUGAAAGCUGUCGGUCUGCCUGCCAUGCAGCAAUACUGGACGUUUGGUUUCCACCAGUGUCGAUGGGGUUACAAGAGCUGGCAAGAGCUUGAGGAUGUCGUUGGCAAUUACACCCAGUUUGAAAUACCAUUGGAAACUAUUUGGACUGAUAUUGAUUGGAUGCUUCGUUACCGUGACUUUGAAAACAACCCUGUUGGGUUUGGAGAUUCUCCAGGCCAGAAAUUCCUUCGGCAUCUUCAUGACGGCGGUAGACACUAUGUUCCUAUCUUUGAUUCGGCUAUCUAUGUUCCCAAUCCGUCUGACUCAAGUGAUGCUUAUCCUGUAUUUGAGAGAGGAAAUGACACAGGAUCUUUCCUGAAGAACCCGGACGGCAGCCUAUAUAUUGGUGACGUCUGGCCUGGAUUCACUGUCUUCCCAGACUGGUUGUCUGAGAGUGCCGUACCAUGGUGGACUGAUGAAAUGGUCAGAUACCACAGCAUUACCGCAUUUGAUGGCGCCUGGAUUGAUAUGAGUGAAAUUUCAUCUUUCUGCGUUGGCAGCUGCGGCAGUGGCCACCUCGACCAAAAUCCGGUGCAUCCUCCCUUCGCUCUCCCGGGAGAACCUUCUAACCUAGUGCUCAACUUUCCCGAGGGAUUUAAUAAGACCAAUGCGACGGAAGCGGCCUCUGCAUCAUCCGUGCUCGCCUCAUUCUCCAGUGCCUAUCCAGCCUCAACCUCCACUGACACUUCCAUAAUUCGAAGCACUCCUACACCUGGCAUUCGUGAUGUCAACUAUCCUCCGUAUGCAAUCAACAACGUCCAAGGCGCGUUAGGUGUAUCCGCCAUCUCGCCUAACGCAACUCACGCAGACGGCACCCAGGAAUAUGAAAUGCACAAUCUUUGGGGCCAUGGAAUACUCAAAGCAACGCAUGCCGCUCUCUCUGCCGUCUUUCCGGGUCUCCGGCCUUUUAUUAUCGGUCGCUCGACAUUCUCUGGCUCGGGAGCCUUUGCUGGUCAUUGGGGCGGUGAUAACUGGUCUAAUUGGCCCAGUAUGAUCUUCUCUAUCCCACAGGCUCUUGAAAUGUCCCUUCUGGGAAUUCCUAUGUUUGGAGUUGAUACGUGUGGCUUUGCGGAUAAUACUGAUAUGGAGCUGUGUAAUCGCUGGAUGCAACUCAGCGCGUUCUUCCCAUUUUACAGAAACCACAAUACGCUUAGUGCCAUUAGCCAGGAAGCUUAUCGAUGGGACUCAGUGAUUGAUGCAAGCAAGACAGCUAUGGCUAUACGAUUCCAGCUCCUGCCAUAUCUAUACACGCUCUUCUAUCACGCACACACAGAAGGACAAACUGUUAUGAGAGCACUUGCUUGGGAAUUCCCCAAUGACCCGUCCCUGGCCAGUGCCGAUCGACAAUUUCUACUAGGUCCCUCAAUUCUUGUUAUCCCCGUCCUCGAACCUAAUACAAGAUCUGUCGAGGGAGUAUUUCCCGGUCUUACCCAGGGCCAGGAAACAUGGUAUGAUUGGUACAACAAUACUGCUGUAUCAGUCCCAUCCCAAGCCAAUACAACCAUCGAUGCUCCUCUUGGCCAUAUCCCAGUCUAUGUCCGUGGUGGAUCUGUCCUUCUCCUUCAGCAGCGUGCUCUUACUACUCGAGAUGCACGAAAAACUCCCUGGGACAUCUUAGUGGCUCUCGAUAAGGAUGGAAAUGGAAAUGGAAACUUAUACCUCGACGACGGCAUAAGCAUUCAGCCAAAUGCUACUUUGACUGCAAAUUUGACUGUUCAUAAUAGAAGGUUAGACGCCGUAAUUGACCAUGGUGGAUGGGUUGAUGGCAAUAUUCUAAGAAACGUUACUAUUUGGGGCAUUGAGAACGCGGACAACGAAGUCAAGUUCAACGGUCGCCUUCUACCCCAAAGAAACGUCCACUUUGAUAAAACCAAGCAGACAUUGGUCGUUUCUGGAUUCAAUAUCUCCGCCUGGACUGAAGAUCGGUGGACCCUGGAGUGGUAG